GUUCUGUCUAUUUAAGGCCGGUGCCAACUCUUAUAACGUAGCAGCUACUAGCUCUGUGGUUUCAUUCAUAUUGUAUUCUAUUAUGCAGACUUUUCUCCAUUCUAUAAAACUAAAAUAUAAAUAAUCUAAUAUAUUGUCUUAUAAAUACUGUACCAAGUCAAACUACUGUAACACUUAUUAACGGAAAUGAUAUUUCCAAAAUCUUGUGACACUUUCAUUGUUCUCUCAAACCUUACCAAGCACAAAACUGUGAUAUUUGGCAAAAACUCCGACCGUCCACAGAAUGAGGUACAAGAAGUUGUUUAUAUCAAAGGGGGUCGUAGAGACAGUAAGCUUAAGUGUACUUACAUAACAAUAGAAGAAAGUUCCAACCCAAUUAAUGAUGUUAUAUUAAGCAAACCAGCAUGGAUGUGGGGAGCUGAAAUGGGUGCAAAUGAUAAAAAUGUUGUUAUUGGAAAUGAAGCAGUUUGGACAAAUAACAAUGAAGGAGAUGGUGACGCCAGACAGAAGCGCCUUCUAGGAAUGGAUCUGCUUCGGUUAGGCUUAGAACGAGGAAAUUCUGCAGAAGAUGCAUUAAAUGUCAUUACUACACUUCUAGAAAUGUAUGGCCAAGGAGGACCAUGCUCAGAACAUGAUGACAGUCACUUUUAUCAUAAUUCAUAUAUAAUAGCAGAUCCCAAAGAAGCAUGGAUACUAGAAACUAGUGGAAAAUUAUGGGUAGCUGAGAAAUUGGACAGUGGUUAUAGAAAUAUUUCAAAUGGUUUAACAAUAACUACUAAAAUUGACAAACAUUCCAAGAAUCUACAUGAAGUGGCAAAAAUGAUGAGGCUUUGGGAUGGUCAGACCGAAUUUAACUUCACUGAAUGUUUCUCCUCUGGAGGUGAUGAGUUGAGACAGCAAGAAGGUGAAAAACUCUUAAAAAUUGCAACAGCAGAAUCAUCAUUUGAUGUCAAAGAUAUGUUUCACAUAUUGAGACAUAAAGAAAGCCAUAUUUGUCGAGGUUGUGAUGACACGUUUCCUACGCAAGGAAGUCAGGUAUCAAGUCUAUCAUCCGAUGGCAUCAACGUUCAUUGGUUCACUGCAACUCCGGACCCAAGUGUAUCUUUAUUCAAGCCAUUUAUAUUUACAUCUAACCCUCAAAUCUCGCCUUAUACAAAGAGCCCUAAUGAGCCUCUAAGAGAACAUUAUUUAUACAAUCUUCAUGCAGCACAUGUAACAAAAAAUCCCAAUAAGAAUAUAUCAAAAAUAUUAAAGGAUAUGGAGAAUGGGUGCCUUGAAGAAAUAGAUGAUUUCAUUAAAAAAAAUAAAUUAGGACAAAACUCUUUGGAUGAGCUUGACAAUCUUAUGAAAAAAUGUGUUGAGACUGAAAUUAAAUUGUAUGGUUGAUAUAACAAUAUAUACUAAUAUAUUAUUCACUGUUACACUUUUGUAGUCUAUGUUUCAUUUUUAAAGGCAUUUCGUAAGAUGAUAUAACAUCAUAAAAUAAAGCUUUUAUAACAUAUACUUAUGUGGUUAUUGCAUGUACAUUUAUUGGUAUAUUUACUGUUUUAGUAAGUAUUGAAAUAGUAAAAAUACCAUAACUGUUACACUACACUAAUUAAAUUCCAAAUUGUCGAUAAUGUACAAUCACAUAUUUUCUAAAAUUUACUAGCAUUGUAGGUACCAAUUAGUGCUGUUAGUCAUGUCAUAGUAAAUUUUAUUAUUUGUAAGUCUUCUUGUGAAAGUCGUUUUGCACUAGCUUGAUUUAACAUAAAAAAAAAGUAGAUGUAAUCGUUAGCUGACCACAAUCAUCCUUUCCACAUUCCAAUUUGUAUUUUUUGUCUAAAAACCUUAAUUUAACUAAUACGAUAAUAUUAAAAAAAAUGUACCCGUAUUGGUCGAACCGCUCUUAACGAGCAUUUACGUUUUAUUUAUAUAGAUGUAAAUUAUUUAGAUCCAUAAGGAUUAUACUCGUACUAUAGACUUUUAUUAACUUCGACACGAGUCGUCGUCGUCGAUACGAAUACGCUAAGACACAAUGCAACACGUAAUUCAUAGUAUGAGAUGAUUACGCGACGAACAACCUCAUAGCCUGCCGAAGCUGACUAUUAGAGGUUGAUCGUCCCGUGACGUCGUUCUUCAAAAUUACUCAUUGCCGAAGUUAAAUUCUCAUAAAUUACGCAAAACUAGUUCAAAAUAAUACUAACACUUUCAAAAUUGCCAAAGAAAUGCGUUUUUUGAAACUAAAAUGACGACUCGUGUGCGAAGUACUUAGAUUUCCUAUUGUAUCGUUAUUUGCUUCGUUUUAUUUAUAUUUAUCAAUAUUUCCAAAAUUACGCAUAUUGAUUAAUGUGUAAUACUUAGAUAAUAAUUAUAUUAUAUGAUUUUUAUGACCAUAAUAGACUAGUUCUUUCUACCUAAUACUUCAUUUGGUUUCAACAUGUAAAUUGUUGUGAAUUGUGAUAUACCACCAAAUUUAUUAGUGUAUGGUAUAAUAUACUUGUGACACGACUUUGUGUUAUUUAGAUUAUUUUCUAAACCAAAGAAAAAUGUAAAAGCAUGACGUUAUCGUCCAGUAUGACGUUAUAGUAGAUUAUCUGGUAAAAUUAGAAAGUCCAUUGUUAAAAAAAAAAUGUAUUAAUAACUUGUUUGCACUUCAAUCCUUAUUGUGACGAUGAUCAAUGAUUACUACAUUUCUAAUAAAUGUCUGACAAAA